AUGAAUCGGGUUUUGCUUGAGCUUGCAAAACUAGACUUCAACAUUGUUCAGAAAUCAUACCAAGAUGAACUCAAAUAUGUAUCUAGGUGGUGGAUGAGCACAGGAAUUGGAGAAGACUUGAAAUUUGCUAGGGACAUGUUGGUAGAGAACGUCUUGUGGAAUGUAGGAUAUGUUUCAGAACGUGAACAAGAAUAUAGCAGAAUUAUGGGGACGAAAGCUAUUAUUUUUAUAACUAUGUUAGACGACAUGUACGAGUAUGACACAUAUGGCGCUUUGAAUGCGUUAGAACUCUUCACCUCUGCUAUUCAAAGGUUUUAA